AUGCUGUACCGGCGUGACGAUGUGGCGCAGCUGUACCAGCGGAUCAGGGAAUGCUCUGCCGCGAGCCCCGCCGCCGUCACGGUGCUCAUCCUCGUCUCGCUUGAGGCCGAUGGGGUUGUCACGUGCGCGAUGCUGACGAAGCUGCUCGAGCAGGACGAGAUACCGCACAAGGUGAAGCCGAUUAAGGACUACGGCGCACUCGGCGAGGUCUUCGAGAACGACAUCGUAGACGAUGCAGAGCUGCGCAACAUUGUGCUGCUGCAGUGCGGAGCGAUUGUCGACCUGUUUGACAUGCUCGGCACCAGGCUGGCGGAGAUGGAUGCGGAGCGGGCGGGCGGGCCGCGCUCCUUCGAUGAGACGCCGCACCCUGAGUGCCGCUUUUGGAUUUUGGACUCGCACCGACCUGUCGCUGUUGAGAAUGCGACGUGUGGUGAGAGGCUGUGCGUGCUCCACGAUGACGAGCCGAACGAGGAUCUCGCCGCGCUCGUCGAGCAGGAGCACAUCCUCAACGACCCAGACUUCCAAGACGAGGAGGACGAGGACGAGGAGGACGGCCGGCCGACGCAGCGGCGGCGGCUCGACCCGUCCGCGUACGCGCAGCUGUCGCCCGACUCGAGGGCGUCGCAGUUCCACGCGGUGCUCUUCGGGUCUGAGUACGGCCUGAUGAACCUGACCUACCCCUCCCUCCGGGGCGUCACCUCGUACGAGCUCGGCGCCACCGUCAUCCUGCGCGAGUCGGUGGAGACCGAGAAGUUCACGCAGGAGCAGUCGCUCACGAAGCUCGCCCUCUUCCUCGCCGACGCGCUGCGCGAGACGCGCAAAAACUCGAAGGAGGCCAUCCCGGUCCUGAUCGCAGCGCCGAAGAAGGACCGUACGCACCUCGUCGUCGCGGUGCUCGGCUCGGCGCGCUUCUGGGGCCCCAGCGGCGGGCGAAACGCGUUCGGGAAGGCCUUCCUCGAGGCAGCGCGAGACCCGCGCGUCAAGGCGCGCGUGGCGCACGAGUCCUUCGAGUCCGCCGUCUGCCGCGUCGCCUCGGACGAUUUGCGCAACUUCCUCGAGGGGGUCGCCCUCAACUACGAUGUCGCAUAGCCCGCCAUGCUCCCUACUAGAGUUCCUAAGUCUACAAUAGCGUCUGACACUCUGUGAGCCCCCCUUCCCCGUGCCGCAUGCGAACGUGCUCGCGGUCGUCCUGGAGGGGGCGUAUUUUGAGAGCCGUCUCUCGGCAGCUCUGCUGUAAAGGAUAUUGUGCGUCAAGU